CAUAUCCCUGAGUACCUCAGUGUUUUUUCUGUGCUCGACGCAGUUAGUAGGCUUGUGGCUUUGCUGCCACAGAGGUCCACAUUUCAUUGGAUUUUUUUCUAAGUUUUUCUUUUUUCAACGAUUUACCACAUCCCAUCCCCCUUUCCAAUAGGCGUGGGUCAGGGAUAGUGAAGGCUGCUUUAGCAGCUGUGGUUGUCGGACCUCUCUAAAAAGAGCUCCCUCACUACCAUGUGCAGGACUAAAACCUGCAGUAAAGGCUGGACGGAACUUACAGAGAAGGCCCGUCAUAGCCCUCACCACAGGGUCCAGAGGCAAUAAAAUGGGUGACAGUUUGGGUCUGCAUUAUGUCAGUCCCUAUGCUUUUGAGGCAAUGCAGAAGGUGGAUGUGGAGCGAUUGGCUGCACUGAGUGAUCCGGAGCUGAGACUUCUACUGCCAUGUCUGGUUCGGAUGGCUUUGUGCGCUCCAGCAGACCAGAGCCAGAGUUGGGCUCAAGACAAAAAAUUGCUACUUCGGCUUCUGUCUGGGGUGGAGGCAGUGAAUUCCAUUGUGGCAUUGUUGUCUGUGGAUUUUCAUGCACUAGAGCAGGAUGCCAACAAAGAACAACAACUAAGGCACAAGCUUGGAGGAGGUACUGGAGAAAGUAUACUAGUAUCACAGCUUCAGCAUGGCCUAACAUUGGAAUUUGAGCACAGUGACUCUCCUCGCCGGCUGCGACUAGUUCUCAGUGAGUUGCUGGCAAUAAUGAAUAAGGUUGCAGAUUCGAAUGGUGAAUUCUUUCUGAAGUCAUCGGAGCUCUUUGAAAGUCCUGUGCACAUGGAGGAAGCUGCAGAUGUGCUUUGCAUUUUGCAAGCAGAAUUGCACACUCUCCUGCCGAUCACUGAAAUGGCUGAAGCUCUGCUCCAUGUUCGCAAUGGCGCCUGGUUCCUGUGUCUCCUGGUGGCUAAUGUUCCCGACAGCUUCAAUGAAGUUUGCAGCAGUUUGAUAAAGAAUGGAGAGCGCCAAGAUGAGGAGAGUGCUGGUGGGAGACGCAGAACUGAAGCAUUGCGCCAGCUGUGCAAAAUGAAUCCAUCCCAUGCCCUUAAAGUGCGAGGAAUGGUGGUAGAAGAAUGCCACCUUCCGGGGCUUGGUGUAGCUUUAAUGCUGGAUCAUACUAAACAUGAGGCCGAUGAUGAUGGUGUGAGCAAUAUGGUAUGUUUUGUGAGCGGACUGCUCCUGGGGACCAAUGCUAAAGUACGGACCUGGUUUGGAACAUUUAUUCGGAAUGGUCAGCUGAGAAGAAGAGAAAACAGCAGCUCUGUGCUGUGGCAGAUGAGAAAGCAGCUCCUCUCAGAGUUGAUGGGAAUACUCCCGGCUGAGAACACGCAAGUGCCAGAGGACGGAGACAUGGAGUGUAGAGUUCCUGUGUACUGUGGACUCAAAGAGGAACAUGUAGUCAAAGCCAGCGCCCUGCUCCGUCUGUACUGUGCUUUGAUGGGAAUUGCCGGCCUUAAGCCAACAGAUGAAGAAGCGGAGCAGGUGCUUCAGCUCAUGACCAGCCGUCCACCAGCAACUCCUGCUGGGGUGCGUUUUGUCUCCCUUUCUUUCUGUAUGCUGCUGGCCUUUUCAACGCUUGUCAGUACCCCAGAGCAAGAGCAGCUGAUGUUGAUGUGGUUGAGCUGGAUGAUAAAAGAGGAGGCUUAUUUUGAAAGUACUGCUGGAGUAUCGGCCUCAUUUGGGGAGAUGUUGUUGUUGGUUGCCAUGUACUUCCAUAGCAACCAGCUGAAUGCUAUCAUUGAUUUGGUCUGUUCCACAUUAGGAAUGAAGAUUGUCAUUAAGCCAGCCUCCCUUGGUAGAAUGAAGACCAUUUUUACCCAAGAGAUAUUUACAGAGCAGGUUGUAACAGCCCAUGCAGUUCGUGUCCCUGUCACAAGCAACCUGAGUGCUAACAUUACUGGUUUCUUACCCAUUCAUUGUAUAUAUCAGCUGCUGAGAAGUCGAGCUUUCACCAAACACAAAGUGUCAAUAAAGGAUUGGAUUUAUACUCAGCUUUGUGAAACAACCACUCCUCUACAUCAGCAACUUCUUCCACUUAUUGAUGUGUACAUCAACUCGAUUAUCACCCCUGCAUCCAAGUCCAGCCCAGAAGCCACCAACAAGCCAAUCACAGAACAGGAAAUUCUGAACGUUUUCCAAGGUCAAACUGGGGAGAAUUCACGUUCUAACCUGCGUCACAAAAUAACCACUCACCUGCUGCUGCUCUACUACCUUCUUUCUUAUGAAGAAGCUCUUCUGGCUAAUUCUAAAACACUAGCAGCUAUGCAAAAGAAACCCAAGUCUUACUCUUCAUCAUUAAUGGACCAAAUUCCAAUAAAGUACCUUAUUAGACAGGCACAGGACCUACAGCAGGAACUAGGAGGUUUACACUCUGCCCUACUGCGCCUACUGGCGACUAACUAUCCUCACCUGUGUAUAGUGGAUGACUGGAUAUGUGAAGAGGAGAUUACUGGGACAGAUGCUCUCCUACGAAGGAUGCUGCUGACCAACUCUGCCAAAAGUCAUUCUCCCAAGCAGCUGCAGGAAGCAUUUUUACUGCUACAAAGCAACCAUACACAAGUGAUGCAGAUUCUAGAGCACCUGACUUUGCUUAGUGCGAGUGACCUUAUCCCCUAUGCAGAAGUACUUACUGCCAAUAUGAGCGAACUUCUUAAUGUUGGUGCUCCACGCAGGAUCCUUCAGACCAUCAACAAGCUAUGGAUGACCUUGAACACUGUUAUGCCCAGAAGAUUGUGGGUGAUGACGGUGAAUGCAUUACAGCCAUCACUGAAACUGGCUCGGCAGCAUAAAUACACACAGAAUGAUCUCAUGAUUGACCCCUUGAUUGUUCUCAGAUGUGAUGCCCGAGUGCUGAGAUGCCCACCGCUAAUGGAUGUCACCCUACACAUGCUGAAUGGAUACCUUUUAGCUUCUAAAGCUUACCUAAACUCUUAUCUCAAAGAGACUGCUGACCAGGAUAUUAAACCUUCUCCUAGUAACACAAUAGGGUCUCUAGCAGGACAGGCAGAAACAAUGGAGGUUACUAGAGAAGAGCUGAAAAACGCACUGCUCUCAGCCCAGGAUAGUGCCGCAGUGCAAAUCUUGCUGGAGAUUUGUCUUCCUUCAGAGGAGAGUCAGGAGCAACUGGAAGGAGAGGAGAGCCUGCUCUGUAACCUGCGUGAGGUGCAGUGCCUAAUCUGUUGUCUGCUCCAUCAGAUGUUCAUAGCGGACCCAAAUAUUGCUAAGCUUGUGCAUUUUCAGGGCUAUCCAUGCCAGCUGCUGCCUCUGACUGUUGCAGGAAUCCCCUCAAUGCAUAUCUGUCUGGAUUUUAUUCCUGAGCUUAUAGCUCAGCCUGAACUAGAGAAACAGAUAUUUGCAAUCCAGCUUCUUUCACAUUUGUGCAUUCAAUAUGCAUUGCCCAAGUCUCUCAGCAUGGCUCGUCUGGCCAUUAAUGUAAUGGGGACCCUGCUCACAGUACUAACUCAAGCCAAGCGUUACAUAUUUUUCAUGCCAACAUUACUUUGUUUGGUACCAUUCUGUCAGGCCUUUCCUCCAUUAUAUGAGGACAUCAUGUCAUUACUUAUACAGAUUGGGCAGAUCUGUGCAUCAAAUGUGGCUACUCAGACCAGAGAUGUUGACCCAAUUAUUACUCGUCUGCAGCAACUUAAAGAGAAGGAAGUGUCCAGCACAUUCACCCUUUCCCCGCUUCCAAUUUCUGCUACAAAGGACUCUGAGAGUUUGGAUCCAGAUGUACAACUGUGUCAGCGAGUUGAAAGCACCAUCAUUGAGAUAAUUAACAUGAGUGUCACCGGAGUGUAAAGGAUUUGACAGUUUAGUUCUACAUACUGUUUAUCUGUAUCAGAUUUCACAGUAAAGGAGACCCGAACAGAGCAUGCAAUAAGGCUUCAUGGCAACUGAAAAGAUCGAAUUUCUGGUGGAGUGGCUAAUUACAUGCCUCCAAGUACCAUCUAAGAUGUGCUGCCUAACAUACUGUACAAAAGCCUACACUUAAAAAUAUAAAUGCUGCAGUUUCAUUUAGAUUCCAAUAAAUGUAACAUUCUUCUGGGUAAUAGUAAGAAGUGACUGAUAAAAUGUAUGCAAGUACGAGUGCAAACCACAAUGCAGUUAGUAAUGUUUUAACCAGGAUAAGUACAAUAUUUCAAAAUACAUGUUUAGACUUUUGUCUUGUGCCAACUAUGUGCUGCAGAUUUUAUCAUGUGCCCCACCUUUUAUAUAUAUAUAUAUAUAUAUAUAUAUAUAUAUAUAUAUAUAUAUAUAUAUAUAUAUAUAUAUAUAUAAAAUAUAUAUAAAAUAUAUAUGCCUUUACGAUUUAACAGGCAUUACAGCUCAUGCACUAUAGUGCAUUGCUGGAUAAAACCAAUUGCCAUAAGACUUCUUCAGACCCCAGGAUGGGAUUCGGUUAAGAUACCGGUUGUAGGGAUCCAGGCAGUCGGAAUUCUGACGCCGGUAUCCUGAGCGCAAGUAUAGCGCACGGGUUAAGCUGCAGGAGAGGGGGGAGUUUAGGGGUUAGGCUGAGGGGAAGCACCACCGGGGGGAGGUUAGGGUUAGGAUGCGGGAAGGUAGGGGAGAGGGAUAGCAUAGUUACCUUGCCUUUGUCAGGAUUUUAAACAUCAGGAUGCAGGCGUUGGUAUUGUGACCGCUGGCAUCCCAUCCGUUGGUCGCUCAUACCAAACCCCUCAGGAUUUGUAUGGAGCUAUAUAAAGCAUUAGUUUAAUAUAUGGUCUGCAGCCCAAUUAAACAUUCUACAAAUGAAAGGGAACGCCUUCAUCUUGGUGAGACAUUAUGUGAAAAUCAGAGAAGGUUGUUGAAAACAUUGAAGCUUCUUGUAUGUGUUCUUGAAAAAGUUGGAAAUGCUAUACUCAUGGAGCAUAACAAUUUAAUGUGACAUUCAUUUAGUUUAGCUCAUUUACAGUAUAUACUUACAGCUUGUGAGUGCAGCUGCCUUUUGCAGUAGUGUUUUUAGAGUUUGUGGUGCUCUCUUAUAAUUGGUUUGAGAAUAAGUGUUAGUCACCUGCUUGAAGAAAACCAACUACCCUAGUAUCGGUGCUGUCCAUUCCUGAUAUAAAGGAAAUGAAAGGAGCAUCUAGGCUAAAAAAAAAGAGAGACUUAAGUUCUUAAGCACGAUAAGGGUACUAAAACUUUUAACUCUCGUGGUAACACCUACUUACACCUAGUAAAUGUAGUAUAAUUACUAUACAUAAAGCUUUUGUGCUGUGUCAAAACUCGGGAUCUGUGGUCACCAACACAACAAACAUGUUAAUGCUGCAUUGAUUAUUAUCAUUGCUAAGGAAAUGAUUGUAUUCAUGUGUUUGCCAAUUUUUCCAAAAUGUAAAAAUAAUUAUUUUUUGUCUGUAAUAUCUUCUAUUACAUUUUUUAACCUGCGCGAAAUAUGAUAAAUAGAAGUAAAAUAUACAAAAAAAAAAAAAAAAUUGUAAUACCCGUAACAUGACCUCCUACCAAGAGACACUGUAUAAAACACCCAUACUCGCAUUCAAAUUGUUCCUUUUUAGUUGCUAUAAAUUAUAAAUUUUUAUAAUGAAA